CUUUACUGAAACGCAUCGUAUCGCUUUACAUCGUUGGGUGUAUGGCCGCCCCAAUCGUGUUUCAGCUCUGCAAGUCGACGCCAUCUUCCAGUCCCCCCCUCCCCCCACUCUUGGCAUAGGUCAUCGUGUCGAGAAUGUGUCACUUCCUGUUGAACCACCUCCGACCCCGUUCUCCUCCCGAUAUCGACGAUGAUCUAAACAUGUUUUUGAAUAGCAAACGUUAAGAUAGGGAAAGCUCAUCGCGCGCCGUCUGGAAAGGGGAUGAGGAUUGGGGCGGUUGAUAAGGGUGUGGCUGGGUGUGAGGGGGUGGGUGUCAUAAAAUGAGCAGCAGGUGGGACACUCCUUAAUUCCACCAACCACCUCGGCCUGAAGGAAGGGCACACCCUGUUGCUGCUGGCGGGCGCGAAAAGGAUAUGAAAUAAUAACCCGAACCGGACCGAGGGUGGCGUUCUCGUUCGGUUCGGGUGUUGGUGUGUCCGCACACCCACAUACACGCGGGAACGACUUUCGCUUGGUUAAGGCGUACGCUUCCCGCAGGUCGAGCUUCAGUCGUGUGGCUUCAACCGUCCCAGUCGAUAACGGUUUUGUGUGCGCAACCAAGUCCUUCCGUGUCUUACCUUUCACUAGUCCAGCAAGUCCUGUCCCCCCUGUGACGCGACAUCAUAGCGAAGAGACGAUGGGCGACGAGAUGAGUGUCGAGCAGGAGGCGGAAGCGAUCCUCGAGGCGGAAACGAGCUUCGGGAUGCGCGUGUGGCAUCUGCUGUUCCUGUCCUGCGGCUCCGUGCUCGGCGUCGUCAUCAUGCUGUGCUGCUGCAUCCGGUUCCGCAUACCCCGCACCAAGCAGGACAUCGAGGCGGACUACCAUCGCAAGAAGCUGACGCGCAAGUUUCGCGAACGGCUGGACUGCAUGAACAAUGCGGACAUCGACGAGAUGGACCUGAUCAAGGCGCUCGAGCGCGUGCGGGAAGAGUACGCGGCGGAGCAGGAGCGGCAGCAGGCGGGCAAGGAGGCGGCCGAAAACAAGGACAAUCAGGCAAUCGUGACCGUGUGCGAUCAGGUUUGAGGCGUGUGGUGGCGGUGGAGCACGUGGGGUUAGUGAAGGUGAAUUAUGUUUUAGUUCCUUGUACUUGAGCGUAUUGGCUGAUAAGGUUUAUGUAAGACAAUUGGAAGCACUUGAUGAACUCGAAUAGUUUUAAAAUUGAUAAAAAUCAAUUGAAACGUAAUUUGAUACAAAAUUGACAGUAUUUAUCGGCAUACUUGUGUAGUAAGCGGUCAUACGAGUUUUAUCAACAUUUUCUUAAGUUUUGUUACUUAUUUGAAUGCUGUAAUCGAAGAAAAAUAAAUUUAAAUAAAACUAAUUUCGUAA